CCUCUCAACACCCUCCCACCAACGUCGUCUCCCAGCCCACAAUCCCAAUAUUUUUCUCUGCUUUUUCCCACCAACGCAUUCCUUCCCUCUUUCUGCCAAUACCCUUUUCAAUAAUCCCCUCCAUUCUUCCCUCUUUUCUGGGAUUUUCAACCCCAAAUCUUGCAACUUCUACCAAGAUCAUCAUCGAGUAGCUAAUAGAUGGUCGGAUUUUUGUUGGGUUUGAAUCGGUUUUAAUCUGUGUUUGGGAAAGGAGGGGAAGGAAAUUUGUGUGUGUGUGUGUGUGUGUGUGUGUUUGGUGGUGAUGGAACAGAAGCACAUUUUUCUGUCUGCUUUGGGCGUUGGGGUUGGAGUUGGGGUUGGCCUUGGAUUGAGCUCUGGACAAGCUGUUGGCAAAUGGGUUGCUGGGAAUACCUCUUCUGAUGAGAUUACAGGGCAGAAGAUUGAACAGGAGCUCAUCAGGCAGCUCGUUGAUGGCAGAAAUAGCGAUGUUACUUUUGAUGAGUUUCCUUAUUAUCUUUGCGAGAGGACGAGGAUGCUCUUGAUGAGUGCUGCAUAUGUUCGUUUGAAGCAUUGUGACAUCUCCAAACACACCAGAAAUCUUUCACCAGCGAGUCGGGCUAUUUUGCUUUCAGGACCGACAGAACUGUACCACCAAAUGCUUGCCAAGGCUCUGGCGCAACACUUCGAGUCGAAGUUGCUGUUGUUAGACGUUUCUGACUUUUCUCUAAAGAUGCAGAGCAAAUAUGGCUGUGCCAAGAAAGAACCGUCAUUUAAGAGGUCCAUCUCUGAGGCGGCGUUGGAGCGUGUGUCUAGCGUUUGGGGUUCCUUCUCGAUUCUUCCUACGAGUGGAAAUACUAGAGGCAAUUUAAGAAGGCAAAGCAGUACUACAGACAUUCAAUCAAGAAGUACCGAUGGCCCGUCCAAUCCUCCAAAACUUCGGAGAAAUGCUUCUACUGCGUCUGAUAUUAGUAGCAUCUCAUCGAAUUGUGCUUCAACAAAUUCAGCUUCUGUCAAGCGCACAAAUAGUUGGUGUUUUGAUGAGAAACUUUUUCUUCAGUCGCUUUAUAAGGUCUUGGUGUCGGUAUCCGAAACCAAUUCCGUAAUUUUGUAUCUACGAGAUGUCGAGAGACUUCUUCUUCAGUCACAGAGGCUGUACAAUCUGUUCCAUAGAUUUCUGAACAAGCUCUCUGGAUCAGUUCUAGUACUCGGUUCGAGAAUGGUAGACUUGGAAAAUGAUUGCGGAGAUGUUGACGACAGACUGACCUGUUUAUUUCGGUAUAGUGUCGAAAUUCGACCCCCUGAAGACGAGAAUCAUCUUGUCAGCUGGAAAGCUCAAUUGGAAGAGGACAUGAAGAUGAUUCAAUUCCAAGAUAACAAAAACCACAUUGCUGAAGUUCUUGCUGCAAAUGAUCUUGAAUGUGAUGAUCUUGGAUCAAUCUGCCAUGCAGACACUAUGGUUCUUAGUAAUUAUAUCGAAGAAAUCGUCGUAUCGGCGAUAUCCUAUCAUUUAAUGAACAACAGGGAUCCCGAAUACCGAAACGGAAAACUUCUGAUAUCUUCCAAGAGUUUAUCCCAUGGAUUGAGUAUAUUCCAGGAAGGAAAUAAUGAAGGGAAAGACACUCUAAAGCUAGAGACGAAUGCAGAAUCAUCGAAGCAGGAAGCCCCGGGGGACGAUGCUGUCGGGGCGAAGAACGAAUCAAAAUCUGAAAAUUCAGCUGCAGAAAACAGAGGAGAGGCAGAUAAAUCUGUACCUAUAGUGAAGAAAGAUGUUGAGAAUGUACCUCCACAAAAAGCUCCUGAAGUCCUUCCCGACAACGAAUUUGAGAAGCGUAUAAGACCAGAAGUUAUCCCUGCAAACGAAAUCGGGGUGACAUUUGCAGACAUAGGUUCCUUGGAUGAGAUCAAAGAGUCCUUACAGGAAUUAGUCAUGCUUCCUCUUCGACGACCAGACCUCUUUAAAGGCGGGCUUCUCAAACCUUGUAGGGGUAUUUUGCUUUUCGGCCCUCCUGGUACGGGUAAAACGAUGCUGGCGAAGGCCAUUGCUAAUGAAGCUGGAGCAAGUUUCAUUAAUGUUUCAAUGUCCACAAUCACUUCUAAAUGGUUUGGGGAAGACGAAAAGAACGUUCGGGCACUGUUUACGCUUGCAGCAAAGGUUUCCCCUACAAUUAUUUUUGUCGAUGAAGUCGAUAGCAUGCUUGGCCAGCGGACUAGAGUGGGAGAGCAUGAGGCCAUGCGGAAGAUUAAAAAUGAGUUCAUGUCACACUGGGAUGGAUUGCUGACUAGAAAUGAUGAGAGAAUACUAGUUCUUGCUGCAACCAACAGGCCAUUUGACCUCGAUGAAGCCAUCAUUCGUCGGUUCGAGCGUAGAAUUAUGGUUGGUCUUCCAUCAGUGGAAAGCAGGGAAAUGAUCUUGAGAACUCUUCUUUCAAAGGAGAAGGCUGAAGAUCUUGAUUUCAAGGAGCUUGCAACUAUGACAGAAGGGUACAGUGGAAGUGAUCUCAAGAAUUUGUGCGUGACUGCAGCUUAUCGGCCCGUUCGGGAGCUCCUGCAACAAGAGAGAUUGAAGGAUUUGGAAAAGAAGCAAAGAGAGCUGAAGGAGAAGGAGCAGGAGGAGGAGGAGAAAACGGAGACAGAGAUGGAGACCGAGACCAAGAACGAGAACGAGAACGAGAACGACAAGAAGAAGGAAAAUAACUCGGAAGAUAUGACCGUUACGAAAGAGGAAGAAAAAGAGGAACAAGUGAUCAUUCUGAGGCCUUUAAAUAUGGAUGAUAUGAGACAGGCAAAAAAUCAGGUUGCUGCAAGUUUUGCUUCUGAAGGAUCAGUGAUGAAUGAGUUGAAGCAAUGGAAUGAGUUGUAUGGAGAGGGAGGUUCAAGAAAAAAGCAACAGCUUACGUACUUCCUAUAGAAUGUAGAUGCAAGCUUCGUAUCCUAAACACGUAAGGUCGAGCGGGCAUGAACAACAUUCAAGGUAAAACAAGAUGCUUUCUGGAUGCAAAGUCCGUGACAUCCGGGGAUCUCAGGCAAGUUCAAUCAACAACAGUAUCGUUCUAAUGGUAUCUGUCAUUUGUUUUGAGUCAUAUGGUUAAGAAAUGGGUUAUUGGUUAUGGGUUAUGAAUGAAUUCUUAGGCCAAUGUUCAAACCGUUUACCUCGUAUCGUUUAAAGAUUUUGAUUAUAAUGUUUUCGAGUGCACGGUGUUGGGAAUGAUAUGUUUUGGACCAUGAGGAACAUACCAUAGGAUUUGUACAUCA